AGAAAUCAAUUUAUACGAUCCAUUACCUCCACCUGAUGGUGUUAGUCCUUAUGGGUCGCAAGUUUUAUCUUCGACUUUUACACGUAUUUCAGAUUUUGAAAAUGUUAUUGUGGAUGAUUUACGCACGUUUUUGGAUAGAGUUCCC